AAAAAAAUCGCAAGCGUUGGACACGAACCAUGUGUGCAAAACACCAACCGCCAAAACCGUGUACCUUGUACAACACUUGCUCCCUCAUUCGCUCCUCUCUCUCUUCUUCGGAGACAUCGGAAAAUGGAAAAAAUCUCCGGCAAUGCCGUGGAGAACGGCCAUGCGGAAGCCCGAUCCGCUUUGAUAUUCCUAGGCACAGGUUGUUCGAGCGCUGUCCCGAAUGCAGUGUGCUUGAUCCAGCCCUCCGAUCCUCCCUGCCAAGUUUGCUUCCAGUCAUUUUCUCUCCCUCCUGACCGCAACCCUAACUACAGGUGCAACACAUCUCUUCUCAUUGAUUAUUGCUGUAGCGAUGGUGAACACAGUUAUAUAUUGAUAGAUGUUGGAAAGACGUUUAGAGAACAAGUGCUUCGGUGGUUUACUUUCCACAAGAUACCUCGGGUGGAUUCUAUUGUUUUGACUCACGAACAUGCUGAUGCAGUUCUUGGUCUGGAUGAUAUUCGUCUUGUGCAACCAUUUAGCCCUACAAAUGACAUUGCUCCCACUCCCAUUUACCUUUCUCAAGAGGCAAUGGAUAGUGUUGGUGUGAAAUUUCCAUACUUGAUUCCGAAAAAGCUGAAGGAAGGCCAGGAAUUGAGACGGGUUGCACAGCUUGACUGGAAGAUAAUCGAGAAUGACUGUCAGAAACCAUUUGUUGCAUCAGGACUAGAACUUGUUCCUUUGCCAGUGAUGCAUGGUGAAGAUUAUAUUUCUUUGGGUUUUCUUUUUGGUGAAAAAUGUAAAGUAGCUUAUAUAUCUGAUGUUUCUCGAAUUCUUCCAACCACCGAGCACUAUAUUUCAAAAAAUAGUGAUCAACAACUCGAUCUCCUUAUCUUGGACACACUGUACAAGAAGGGGUCCCAUAACACUCACUUUUGCUUCCCCCAGACCCUUGAUGCUGUGAAGAAGUUGUGCCCAAAGCGAGCUUUGUUAAUUGGGAUGACCCAUGAAUUUGAUUACCACGUGGACAAUGAAUUUCUUAGGGAAUGGUCGAAAAGAGAAGGGAUCCCGGUUCAGCUUGCACGUGAUGGGCUGAGAAUUCCCAUUGACCUUUAAUGAGGUGACAUAUAUCCAUGAAUUACGGCUAGAAUAUAUAUAUAGUUCAUUGUUUCUUCCCCUUGCUGAUUUGAUGGGGAAACAACUUAAUAUUAAAAAAUAACGUCCAAUUAGUAUACAUUAAUGUAUGUUUGGGAGGAGAAAGAUCGGGUGUUGUUUACUUCAAAUUAUCUAGUUUCAGAUCAAAGAUAUGAUGCAGAUGAUGGUUUGGACAGGAUGCAAUGGGGAUAGGAAAUGAUGAUUCCAAAUCUAUAUUGUACUCAUUUUUUGACAAAAGAGAAUUAUUCCCCUCGAAGGAAGAUACUAGAUUGGUCAAAUAAUUGGGCCAUCAUUCAUGUAAAAUAAUUACAAAUUAUUUUUGGAAUGGAUCACAGUGAGAUCAUUGUAUUUUAUUUCUUUGAUGCAAUUCUGAAUUACAAUGAUACGUGUCGAAUUAUAAUUCAA